CAUCAUUACAGAGCACAAACAGAACAAAUGAACCACCAGCAUACUCCUUCUUUGAAAACACUAGCUUUAAUAUGAUGUAUUUUCAUUUGAGUCGGUGCUGAAGGUCUAUAAUUCUGUGGGGCCUGGAGAUUCUUCUGACUGAGUGAGAAUGGGAAGGGAUUGCGGUUAAAGGGAAAAAAGCAGGGGAAAAUCAUGACUGUUGUACCUACAUCACGAGGUAUUGCAGUUCCACCCCGAGUGUCUCCGAUAAUGGAGGUUGAUGAGUGCAGUGAAGAACCAAUUUCUGUUCCUAGUCUAGGACGCCUAUUUAACGCCAACAACAGCAACAACAAUGAUGAGGAAGAAAAGAAGAAAAAGAAAAAAGAGAAAAAACAAAAAAAGGAGAAGAAAGAGAAAAAAGAAAAGAAAGAGAAGGAAAAAAAGAAGGUAAAAGAAAAAGAUGAGAAGGAGAAAGAAAAUGAGAAAGAAAAAGAGAAAGAGAAGGAAAAAGAAAAGGAAAAGGAAAAAGAUAAAAAGGAGGGGCCUAAAGAGGUAUUUGUGAUUAACCCAGCGGGACUCCUGUACUAUCAAUGGCUGCUCAUAAUUACCAUUCCUGUCAUGUACAAUUGGACAGUUAUCAUUGCAAGAGCCUGCUUUGAAGAACUCCAGCAUAGAUAUCUGCUGAUGUGGUUCAUCCUGGACUACACCUCUGACCUGCUUUACUUGGCUGACAUGGCCUUUAGAGCACGAACAGGUUACCUGGAACAGGGCUUGCUCAUCAAAGAUGAAAAGCUCCUUCUCAAGCAGUACACAGACAGUCUCCAGUUCCGUAUUGAUGUCAUCUCAAUGCUGCCCACAGACAUUUUUUACUUCGUUUUGGGCUUAGACUACCCGGAGAUCCGCAUAAACAAGUUGCUCCGCCUGAACCGCAUGUUUGAGUUCUUCAAUAUCUCAGAAACUAUGACCAACUACCCCAACAUUUUCAGAAUCUGCACCUUGGUCAUGUACAUAAUCAUCAUCAUCCAUUGGAAUGCAUGCCUCUACUUCUCCUUCUCCAAGUCCAUUGGGUUUGGAUCAGACGCAUGGGUGUACCCCGCUCUUACUGAACCUGAGUUUGGAGAGCUGUUGCGAAAAUAUGCAUUCAGCCUCUACUGGUCCACGCUUACCCUUACCACCAUUGGAGAGACGCCCUCUCCUGAGCUGGACUCUGAAUUCCUCUUCCAUGUAGUUGACUUCCUGGUGGGCGUCCUGAUCUUUGCCACCAUUGUGGGUAAUAUUGCUACCAUGAUCUCAAACAUGAACGCAGCCCAGGCUCAGUUCCAGUCACGGAUUGACAACAUUAAACAAUACAUGCAUGCACGUCAUGUCAGCAAUGAAUUAGAAAACCGUGUCAUCAAGUGGUUUGACUACCUUUGGACUAAUAAGAAAGCUCAAGAUGAAAGAGAGGUGCUGAGAUACUUGCCAGACAAAUUACGGUCGGAGAUAGCCAUGAACGUACACUUAGAUACGCUCAAGAAGGUGCGGAUAUUUGCAGACUGUGAAGCUGGGCUGCUGAUAGAGUUGGUGCUGAAGCUACGUCCUCAAGUCUUCAGCCCGGGUGACUACAUCUGUCGCAAGGGUGACAUUGGACGGGAGAUGUACAUCAUAAAGGAAGGAAAGCUUGCUGUGGUAGCUGAUGAUGGUGUCACUCAAUUUGUCGUCCUUGGUGAUGGGAGCUACUUUGGCGAGAUCAGCAUUUUGAACAUAAAGGGUAGCAAGGCUGGGAAUCGGAGAACCGCCAAUAUUCGUAGCAUUGGAUACUCAGACCUUUUCUGCCUGUCCAAAGAUGAUCUAAUGGAGGCUCUGACAGAAUAUCCUGAUGCAAAGACUAUGCUGGAGGAUAAAGGGAGACAGAUUCUGUUGAAGGAUGGUCUGCUGGAGCUGGAUCCUUCAAAACUGAAGCCAGAUGAGCGGGAUUUAGAAGGCCGUGUAAACCAAAUUUACAACACGCUGCAGAUCAUGCAGACCAAGGUGACCAAAUUGAUGGCAGAACACGAGGAAACACGGAAAAAUAUCAAACAGCGAAUUGUUCAGAUUGAGCGUUAUGCUGGGGAGGAGGUGGAGGAUGAAGAAGAAGAGGAGGAGAAGAUGGAAGACACAGAGAAGGUUAAAGAAGAGGAGAUGGAGAAGAAAGAGGGAGAGACAGAAAAAGAGAAGUCAGAAGAAGACAAGGAAAAGAAGGAAACAAUAGAGGAGGAAAAGUUGCAGGAAGUGACCAAAGAGGAAAAGAAAGACGGGGAGCCAUAGGAUCUAAAGAAAACAGCUUAAAACUGGAUGAAAAUCAUGAAUGAGGCUGAUCCUAAAUACAUUUGAAUAAAGAACAAAACACUAUUUUAAUAUUAUAGCAGCCACAAAGUGUAGAUCAUAUCUUCACCAAAAAAUUAUGUCAUCAUUUACUCACCUUUAUGUUGUUUCAAACCCAUAUGACUUUCUUCUGUGCAACACAAAAUGAGAUGUUAGCCUGGAAAAAAGAUGCAAUGAAACUGAAUGGUGACUGAGUCUAACAUUCUGUUCAACAGAAGAAAAUCACAUAGAUUUGGAACAAAUCUAUGAGGGCAAGUAUAUGAUGACAGAAUGUUCAUUGUUGUUGUUGUUGUUUUUGUGUGUGUGUGUGUGUUUUUGUGUUUUUUGCUAACCUAUCCCUUUAAGUGUACAGAUACAUUUUGGUCUUGAAGGGACAGUUCACUAAAAAAAUGAAAAUUCUCUAAUCAUUUACUAACCCUCAUGCUAUCCCA